AUGAGUAAGCAUUACACUGUAUUAAGGAAGGAGAGAACCAAGAGAGGCUCCUUCUUUGAGGGUACUCCUCCACAUCUUUCUUCACUCUCUCCACAACAACAACAACAAAAGCAACAACCUCUUUCUCCUAUAUCAAAGACAUCAACCUUCAGUGGCUCCUUCUUAGAUAAAUCCCCAACAUCACCCUCCUCUCUUAAUAAUUCCCUUGUUCAACAAUCACCUAGAUUCAAUUCAUCCUUCAUAAAAGCAUCUCCCACCACUCCUAAGUCUAAUGCACUGCCAAGUUCGAUUAACAAAUUUCCACCUCCACCCUCAUCACCAAAUGCCAGGCAACCUCUAACAAAACAAGAACUAUUCAUGAGGGAAACCAGUUUUAAUUUGCAAACCUUGAAAAAACCUGGCUCUCCACAGUUUUUAUCGUACUCUCCCGAGCAAGAUGGUCUCAUCACAGCCGAUGGAGAAGUUAUGAAGCAUCUUCCAGUUGAUAAAGUGAUUGAUAAGAAACAAAGAAAGAAGAUUAUCAAGCAAAUCUAUCUUGGCUAUGAAUUACCUGAUAAGAAACCAAGUCUUCCUCGUUCUGAUAGUAAAGUGAUGAGCAAGACUGUGGCUAGUUCAUUGAAAACGCUUCCAAAGGUUGUUAAAGAAUCUUACUAUCAGAGACCACCAACAGAUUCUCACAAACAAUCAGCUAAAGAUAUUUUCAAAAGAAGAUACUCUACCAAGUUAGGUAUUCCAACACCAUCUACUCCUGGAAAUCCAACAAAACCACAAGCAAGAAUGAGAACUUUUUCUCUGAAUACCCAAGCAACUCCUCUUAAUACAACAGCCCUCAGGCCAAUGCAAAGAGAAGCAAUUUAUGAACCAAGAAAAGCAUUUGGUUCACCAGUUUGUUCUGGCACAGAAGAUAAUUCAGAUCCAGAUUCAGAUCCUGACUCAGAUCCAGAUUCUGAUGAUUCUGAAUCUGAGCCUAUAGAAAACAUUCAAGAUGAUAAUAUUAGUUGUAAUAAUUAUAUCGAGUCUGUGCAAACUUCAGAGACAAGCUCUCUUAUAUCGUCUCCAUUUCAUGAACAGUUGGAUGAUUAUUCGCCUAUGGUGGCCCAGAGUACUGUAUUUGUAAAAUUAGAAAAGGAUUCUUCAACUUCUUCCCUUACUAAUAGCAUGAGUUUGAAAGAUUUUGGAAGUUUUUCAUUAUCUGUAUCUGAAAUGGUGAAAGAAGAGCAACAAACUAGUGGUUUACUUAUGUACCCAGAAACUCUUGUUGAACAAAAUACACCUACAAAAGAGCUAAUCAUUGAAGAAAAAGCUAUUGAAGAAGAUGAAUUUCUUAAUCGUACUGAUCUUGUCGUGUCUAGAAUGGAAACACAAACACCAUUAGAUGAAUCUCAUCAAGUAGAUGAUUUGGAGCCUGAAGAAGAGGAGGAACCAAUUCAAGAAGCACCAAUGAAAGUAGAAAAGGAAGAAUCAUCAAUAUCUGAAUCUUCCCAAGAAGAUUUUUCUGCAUCAGAUGGUUUGGAAGUGGAAAGAAUUGAUACACCUGUUUUUGAGCGGAAAGAAGAAAUUGUUCAAGAAACAGUACCAUUGAAUAAGGAGGAACCAGUCGUUCAAGAACCCAUCGUUAAGGAAGAACCCUUUCUGGAGGAAUUUGACGAACACAUAGCAGAGGAACAAAAACCAAUUGAAGAAACCGAAACAAAGGGGCCAGUUAUUCUGACCGAAACAGAAGAGUACAAAGCUCGAGAGGAGAAAACAAAGCCAAUGGAAGAGGACAAGAAAGAAGAAAAGAAGGGAAAUGCUUUAGUAAGAUUAUUGAAAAGUGGAGGUAAAAAACUUGAAAGAACUCUUUCCUCCAAGUUCAGAUCAAAGAGCGUCAUGCUCAAUGAAAGACCAUCUUCAUCUCCUUCAAGAAGAGAUUCUUUUUCUAGUUAUUGCCAGGAUGCACCUGAAAGUUUAGCAAUUGAAGUUGCAGUAGAAAAUCCUCCUGAAUUAGUUGCAAUUACAGAACCCGAAGUUCAACAAGCUCCUCCAAUAUAUGAAGAAAGUCCAAAGAAUCCAGAACAAGAAGUUACCUUGGAAGAUCUUUUAUCACACUAUGAAGAAUCAUAUGUUGAUGAUCAAAAUGAUUUCUUACAAAUGGUAGAAGGUGAAUCGCCAACAUUUAAUGGUUUGGAUGAAAGCCCAAAGAGACAAUUUGAAAAUGUAAAACGAUUUGAAGCAAUACCUUCAAAUAUUCUAAAUAGACCAACUACAGCCUCUCAAAGAAGAGGAUCUCGAAAUACGUUUUUCAGAGCUAAAACAGUUACAAAAAUUCACUCUAAGGAUAAAAAAGCAAAUAUUGACGAAUUCUUGAAGGAUGAAAUGUCUGAAUCACCUCCUUUGGAGGAUUAUAUGUCUAGCUCUCGUUCAAGUCAAAGUGGAGAGUCAGAUGAGGGUAAGUCAGAAGAAACGGGUUUGAAAGAAGAAGCAGUGCAAGUGCAUAGAGAGGUUUCAUUUACUGAUAACAAGUUGACCAGACCAACAAGUGCCCAUACCAAACAAAAAUCUGCAGAUAAAUUGACAAGACCAGCAACUGCUCAUCAUUUGAAAUCAAAGGAAUCGAAGAAGAAACCUCAAUUCCCUCAAAAAGAUUUCGAAGACGAGGAAGUUCAAAUUAGAGAAGAUAAAGAAAGUAGUGAUGAUGAACCACAGAAAUCAGUGAAGAGAGUUGCUUUUGCAUCUAAAACCAAUGUUGAACGAUUUAAUGAAACUCAACCUGAAGAAUUGGAAAGACCAUCAAGUGCAAGAAUGAAAAAGGAUAACUCACAAACCACAAGACCAACAACGGCCUCACGUAUUAACUUUAAAGAAAACAGAUGCGAUGUGGGGCCUUCUGACAUGGAAAUCUAUGAAUACGACCCAAAUGACGGAGUAGAUAGACAUUUGGAAUUAUUGAGAACAAUUGAAGAACAAGAGAAAGAAGACAGAUUCACUGAAGAUUUUGAAUGGACAAGACCAAUCACUCCAAAGGUUGAGUACUAUGAUGACUAUGAUUUCAUUUCAAGACCUGGAAGUGCCAGAACUAUCUUCUCAGAACCACUUGAAAACGAUGCAAAUUCUGAUACAAGUAGUUCUCACUCUUCUGAAAAAAAUUCAAUUCUGUUUGAAAAGUUACAUACACUUUCUAGACCUUCCUCCUCUCCUUCUUUUAGAAAGCCAAGAUCUGAUUCAUUAACAAGCUCAUCUCAAUCACUAUUAAUUAGAAAGGCCUAUCUUCCUCCACAUACAGUUGUAAAUUCACCAACAGGAACUUCACCAACAUUUAUUUCUUUAAUGAAGAAGAGAGCUGAUUCUUCUACUUCAUUUGGUCAGAACCCCUCAUCUCCAUCAUCUAAAAACAGCUCUCGAAGAAAUAGUAAGAUUAACCCUUUCAUUGUAGAAACAGAAUCAGAUACCACAAGUGAAGCAUCUAACCUUAAUAAUACUUCCUCAGCUGUUGAUCUUCAAAAUAUCUCAACAAAAUUCAUUGAUUUGAAUAAUGGCGGUGGAUCUCUAAACUCGAGAAGAAAUUCUGAGAAGCUUGACUUCACGAGCACAUCAAGUUCUCCUAGAAGAUUGAUAGACACUCCAACUUAUCCGGGUUAUAUUCCAAAAUUCCUUCCUCGUCCAUAUUCUCUUCCUUUAUUAUCCAAAGUUAGACAUGGUGUUGUCAGAUUGAGUGUGUUUAUGGAAAUGCACUUGGCUAAUGAUUUCCAAGUUUUGAAGAAAAACUCAAGCGUAAAUAAUGUACCAUACAUGGAAGAAGGAUUUGAUAAGAAUGAAUUGAAUUCCAUUAUUAAUGAUGAAAAUCCAUACAUGUUUAUUAGAAGAACUAGGUUUAGUACUGGAUUUUUGAUUUGUCCACUUUCAACCAGACCAGGAACUAAGAAUUACUUGCUGACCUCAGCCAGAAAUGUUCAAUCUUAUUUGACAACCAAAGUAGCUCCUGACAAUACUUCUAUUUAUAUUGAAAAGAAGGUUGUGAAGAUUUCAGCCAACUUCCUUGAUAAUAUCGAAGUUGGAGAAAAGGAACGACAUCCAAAUACUUUUGCUUCGGUUGCUGAGGUUGAAUGUCAAAUAGAAUAUUGUGGAUCGUUUUACAGUACGCUUAAUGUCAACCAAGAUUGGGCAAUUCUUUCAUUUACAUUCAAUGAAGAUAUCAAGUACAUUGAUAGGGAGAAUUAUAAAUUCUUAAAAUCCGGAGUUAUCACAAUCCCUUCUCCAUCUCAAUUGUUCUUAUUGGUAAAGCACUUGGUAACAAAGACAGCUGAAAAUAAGAGAGCAAACUCUGAUAAUGUUGUUGGAGAUUACAUGAUGUGUGUUAAUGGAUUGUAUAGUGACAGAGAAGAAUUAUCCAAUAUUACUAAGGUAACCAAUAUUGAUGACUAUUCUAUCAAAAUUGUAAGAGAUUCGAUGGAUCCUAUGGCUUGCUCAUUGGCUUUCCUUGUUAAGGGUUCAAGCUUUUCUCGUUUCGAGUAUGCCAACUAUUCAACUCCUUCAUUUACUGGUGCUCCAAUAACGGCUUGUGCCAUUUCUAUGGAGGGUUUGGAAGAAGUUCUCAAGGAAUCUGAUAGAAGGCAUGGUAAGAAAAAAAAUACCUUAAGAGGAAAGAUUGAAAAUCAAAAUAUUGCAAAUUUUGCCAAGACCAACUCGUGUGUUUUUACAAGAUACGUUAUUGGUAUUCACAGUACAGUUAGUGCAAAUUCAAAAUUCCAUGGAGUUGGUUGUUCUGUCAUGAACUGGUUUGAAACGUUCUUCAAUUUAGUUUACAAACCUAACAGAAGAAGAUUCUCACAAACUGAAAAGGAAUUAAUUGAGUUAGAAUACGAGUCUUACAUUUCUUUGAGCAAUAGUAGAGUUCCAAAUAUUCCUGGGGCAGGAUCUUGCAAAGUUAUGUAA